AUGUCUUCCAAACAAUCGGACCCAUUGGAAAGAUUCUAUAAGCAAUUUCAGGCCUUUGUUCAGAAUAACCCUAAUGUCAUAUCGGCUGCUCGAGCAGCCGCACAAAUACCAGAGUCUGCAAAGGCGGUUGUUGUAUUAUCUCCGUACUCUUUACAGCAUGUGUUCCCCAGAGGAUGGGUAACAAAAUCGUACAGGAAAACCAUAGUCGAAAGACCGGAGAGACUGUUAGCAAGCUCUAUGGGUAUAUCAGCUGCGAUUACUAUGUAUCCGUCCCUUUUUACCUUAAAAUCUUCACAUCAAAGAAAGGGUUCAUUGAUGGCCCCCCAUGUGCUCAAAGUUCACGGUAGUCACUGGCCGGCGGAAUUGAUUGAACUUUGCCAAAUGGCAGACGCUAAACUGUUAAAGGGCGAAAUCGAAGUCCCUGACACAUGGAACUCAGGCGAUAUAUACCUGAGUUCGAAGACAAUCAAGGCCCUGCAGGGUACGAUUGGUGCCAUUGAAACGGGUGUUGAUUCCAUUUUUGAGGGUCCGUCCGCGGAGCAUAUUAGUAACAGAGCCUUCGUGGCUAUACGACCACCUGGUCAUCAUUGCCAUUACGCCACACCAUCAGGCUUUUGUUUGUUAAACAAUGCACAUGUAGCCAUAGAGUAUGCGUACGAUACCUAUAACGUCACGCAUGUGGUCGUGCUCGAUUUUGACCUACACCACGGUGACGGAACCCAGGACAUAUGCUGGAAGCGUGCCGGUUUCAAGCCUGAGGAGGAACCUGAAAAUUCGUCUUAUGAUGAAUUUGAUAAGAAAUUUGCCGAGUUUCCCAAGGUCGGUUAUUUUUCUAUGCAUGAUAUAAAUUCAUUUCCAACAGAAUCUGGAUUCGCUACAAAGGAAAACAUUAAAAAUGCAUCUACCUGUAUCAUGAACUCUCAUGAUUUGAACAUCUGGAACGUCCACUUAUCCAAAUGGACCACCGAAGAAGAGUUCAAUAUAUUAUAUAGGACAAAAUAUAGAACUUUAUUUGCCAAAGCGGAUGAAUUUUUCAGAAGUGCAAAACAAGAGAUGAAUCAAAACGAGAAACCAUUUAAAGGUUUAGUAGUCAUAAGUGCCGGUUUCGAUGCAUCUGAAUUUGAACAAACCUCGAUGCAAAGACAUAGCGUUAAUGUUCCAACAAGUUUUUAUACAACGUUUACCAAAGAUGCAUUAAAACUAGCUCAAAUGCACUGUCACGGUAAAGUUUUAUCUUUAAUGGAAGGCGGAUAUUCUGAUAAAGCCAUAUGUUCUGGUGUUUUUGCACAUUUGAUCGGUUUACAAAACCAAGAUUGGGUCAAAGAAUGGGGGUCCGAACAAGUUGUUAAAGAGAUUGUUCGGGGUUGUAAACCGGCUUGGAAACCCUACAAGACAAGAAGAGCCAAAGAUGUCAUAAGAAUAUGGGCAGAAGAAGUUAUAAGGCUGGGACGAGCAAUGAUACCGGAAUUCGAUGAUAUAAUCUUCAAAGAUGUACUUAAAACGGAACCAUCUAAUUCAUUACUCGGCACCCCGGUGGGUCCAGCAAUGACAUCUACAAUUGCUCAACGAAUAAUUAGGUCACAUAGAAGCAGCGCUUCCCCAGAGAAAGAACUUUAUGAAAAUAAACUCAAAAUCAUAGACAAGCAAGGAAAUAGAGAAGUUCUGAGUGAGACCAAGGUUAACCAUCCCUCUUCCAAUAAUAGAGCUACUGAAACCCAAAUUCCAUUUUUGAAACAAGAAUUUUCCAGUGAGGAUGAAGAUGAAGAGUAUGUUUACGAUGAAGAAUUGAAUAAAACUUUCAAUCGUACGGUAGAAGAUAUUACCAUUGACGACAUCUCUAGACAUUUGGAGACCUUGGAAAUAGAGAAACAAAGUGAUGAUGGAUCAGACGAAGAAAUUAAAGGAAAAAACUGGAAAAGUACACAUCAACGCCGUUUGCAGAGCAACGGAAUGUAUAAGAUCCCUUCUAAUACGAAACCUCAUCGCAUGAGACAAGCUCAAAAUGCACAUGCACCAACUUAUGAUGAUAGUGACAUAUCAAUGAUUUCCCAUGUGUCAAGAAAACAUACAACAAGGAGUGGCGGAAGAUGGUGA